CUGGGUGGGGGGAGCCUGAUGCAGGAAGAGCUAUAUAGGCUGCAGGGGGAAGAAAGCCUUCUUAUAACAUCCAGCUGGGCUUUCUUCCUGGACAGUUAUCUAGCAGCAGUGUCAGUCUCUCUACAGCCAAUGGCAGGAUCACAGAGGAGUUUGGGGAAGGGCAGUGAUGCCCCGGGGCCAGUACCGGAAGGAGUGAUCCGACUCUACAGCAUGAGAUUCUGCCCCUAUGCCCAGAGAGCCAGGCUUGUCGUCCUUGCCAGGGGAAUCAAGCAUGAAGUUAUAAACAUAAAUCUAAAGAACAAGCCUGACUGGUUUUUCGAGAAAAGCCCUCUGGGUCUGGUACCUUCUGUUGAAACUUCUGAUGGCAAAAUAGUAUAUGAAUCGCCCAUCGUGUGUGACUACCUGGAUGAAGCCUUUCCUGGCACUAAGCUGACUCCCGCAGAUCCUUACAUAAAGGCACAAGAGAAGAUUCUACUGGAGCAUUUCUCCAAGAUUACACCUGUGUUGUACAAGAUUAUGCUUGCAAAGAAGAGUAAUGAAGAUUCAACUGAAUUGAAGGCACAAUUUCUGGAGAAACUCAUAAAACUCGAUGAGCUAUUGGCUAAAAGGAAAACUCCCUACUUCAGUGGAGAAUCGGUGUCUAUGAUUGACUACAUGAUCUGGCCCUGGUUUGAGAGGCUCAGCGUGUCUGAUGUUGAAGAAUAUUUGGAGAAGGCCCCUCGCAUCAAUGCCUGGCAUGAUCUCAUGAUGCAGGACCCAGCAGUAAAGGAGACCUUUACUCCACCAGAAGAUCUCUUAAACUUUUUGAUAUUGUACUCUCAGAAUAACUUGGAUGCAGUUGAUUAUGGCCUUGAUUCCAAAUCACCAGUUCCUAAAAUGUGAUUGGCUUCCAAGUUUGUGCCUUUUUGUGUUAGAAAACUUUACUGAUCCAAAGUCUUUAUAUUUCACAGCCCUUACUUCUUGAAGGUUGUGGUGUAAUAAAAAUGUUUAAAUAUUGAAA